CAGCGCCUCAUUACCGUCAGCGGUUUAUAUGUCUAUGAGCGGCCUGGGGGAGAGCAGUGGACCGAGCGGUGUGUGUGCUGGAGGCGGUGGUGGGCUCCGAGGGAAAGGGAUGAGCGAGGAAUAUUUCGGGAGCGCUGCGGAUUGGGAGGAGCAGGACGGCUCCAUGCAUGAUGAGGAUGAAGGAGAAGGUGAAGAUGAUGCAGAGGUGCAGCAGGAGUGCUUGCAAAAAUUUUCCAGCCGAGAUUACAUAAUGGAGCCACCUAUUUUCAACACACUGAAAAGGUACUUCCAGGCUGGGGGUUCUCCAGAACAUGUCAUCCAGAUGCUUUCUGAGAAUUAUACAGCAGUAGCGCAGACUGUAAACCUGCUGGCAGAGUGGCUGAUUCAGACAGGGGUUGAACCAUCGCACGUUCAGGAGACUGUUGAAAACCAUUUGAAGAAUUUGCUGAUCAAACAUUUUGAUCCUCGGAAAGCUGAUUCCAUCUUCACAGAGGAGGGGGAGACCCCGGCCUGGCUGGAGCAGAUGAUCGCUCAUGUGACUUGGAGAGACCUCUUCUAUAAGCUAGCAGAAGCUCAUCCUGACUGUUUGAUGCUGAACUUUACUGUGAAGCUAAUCUCAGAUGCUGGAUACCAGGGUGAAAUAACCAGUGUGUCGACAGCCUGUCAGCAGUUGGAGGUCUUUUCCCGCGUUCUCCGCACCUCGCUUGCCACGCUUGUUGAUGGAGGUGAAGAACAUCUGGAGAAAAACUUGCCUGAGUUUGCAAAAAUGGUCUGUCAUGGGGAGCAUACAUACUUGUAUGCUCAGUCCAUAAUGUCUGUCUUGGCCCAGGAGGAACAGGGUGGGGCAGCCGUCCGAAGAAUUGCGCAGGAAGUUCAGAGAUAUGCGCACGAGAAAGGCCAUGACGCCAGCCAGAUCACCCUAGCCCUGGGCACAGCUGCAUCCUACCCUCGAGCUUGUCAGGCACUGGGUGCCAUGCUCUCCAAGGGAGCUCUGAAUCCAGCCGACAUCACUGUGUUAUAUAAGAUGUUCACAAGUAUGGAUCCACCUCCUGUGGAACUGAUCAGAGUCCCUGCCUUCCUCGAUCUUUUUAUGCAAUCUCUGUUCAAGCCAGGCUCUAAAAUCAAUCCUGAGCAUAAACACAAGUACAUCUACAUCUUGGCCUACGCAGCCAGCGUGGUGGAGUCAUGGAAAAAGAACAAAAGAUUUAACAUCAACAAAGACGAGCUGAAAUCAACAUCGAAGGCCAUUGAAACGGUUCACAACCUGUGCUGCAAUGAGAACAAAGGGGCUUCAGAGCUGGUUGCAGAACUGGGGACCCUCUAUCAAUGUAUUCGGUUCCCAGUGGUAGCAAUGGGAGUGCUGAAAUGGGUUGAUUGGACUGUGUCAGAGCCCAGCUAUUUUCAGUUGCAGACUGACCAUACGCCUGUUCAUCUGGCCCUACUGGAUGAGAUCAGUACCUGCCACCAACUCCUCCAUCCCCAAGUAUUGCAGCUCCUUGUAAAACUGUUUGAGACUGAACACUCCCAGCUUGAUGUCAUGGAGCAGCUGGAGUUGAAAAAGACCCUGCUGGACAGGAUGGUCCACCUGUUGAGUCGUGGCUAUGUCCUGCCUGUGGUCAGCUACAUCCGCAAGUGUCUGGAGAAACUGGACACAGACAUCUCACUCAUCAGAUACUUCGUCACAGAGGUACUAGAUGUCAUUGCUCCACCAUACACCUCAGACUUUGUACACCUGUUUCUUCCAAUCUUGGAGAACGACAGCAUCGUUGGCACAAUUAAAACAGAAGGGGAAUGUGAUGCAGUGGCAGAGUUCAUCGCACACUGCAAAUCCAACUUCAUCAUGAUGAACUAACACUCUGAAGAAGGCAGAGCAAUGGUGACAGGAACAGAGAGUAGCCUGAGCCCAAGCAACAAGAAGACAGGAGAGUGACAUUCUGAGCAGUAAGACUGAUGAGACAUGAUGGAAUAUCUGCAGAGUGUCUGUGGCACUCGUCCACACUGUAAAACUGACACAGGAGUUAUUGAAGGAGAGCUAUUAAGGGUCUGUAAGAGAAAUAAUUGGUAGAUUUUGUAUAUUUUUACAUAAUGGUUAAAGAGGAAAUGUAGAAACAGUGGUUUUCCUUUUUUCUUUAACUGGGUCUGAGAAUUAUAUGGCAUUUGUAAGUUGUAUGGUCAAAAUAAAGAUUCAUUUUCAUGAA